AUGGUAACUCCAACCAUCUAUAACACAAGCGAAGAAGGUCGACGAUAUAGCCGGGCCUGUCCGCCGUACCCCUUAUACCCUGAUCGCCGGUUCCAGCUGCAAUCCCAUCACGACAUCCGGGCCUCGACCAUGACCGAGCGUGAACAUGAUGAGUCAAAGGAGCCGCGGAAGCGGAUCGCCGUGGCUUGUGGACGUUGCCGCAAGAGGAAAAUCAGAUGUAGUGGUGACCCAGGAAACGGCGCUCCAUGUUCGAAUUGCAAGAAUGCAGGUCAUGAGCCCUGCCUCUUUCUGCGUGUAUCCUCAACCGAGACCCCUCUUCGCGAUGGGCCUUCUGAUUUUGGAUACACCAUGGACGCCGCUCGUGCAUACCAGGCUCGGGGGAGUGCGUCUUCACACAAUGCCAUUUCCCAGUAUGCUACCGACAUGACGACUGGAGACAUGAUGGCCUAUCGCAGCAGCGCAUACCCCUACAAUGGCAGCAGUAGCAGCAGCAGUGGAGGCAAAAGCUAUUACUCCAGUGUCUCGGGAUGGGGCGCCGGUGGGUUUGGCGAAGACUCGGUCGACUAUGGUCUCAACUACUCAUAUCCGCACAUGAGCAGUGAUCCAGUCCACAUGGUCUCGGGAUGUCGGUACGGGUCCAGCACAAAAGCUCCUCCUGUAUACGUGGAUUCCGAGGCAUCAUCUUACACGUACGGGAAUCUCGUUCAUCGUCCAGCGACGGGCCAUGAGCUGCCAACGCUAUCCUUGUCCGGUAUGGCAACAACCCUCACCACUGCUACUACCUCCCCUGAUCGCGUUCCUACCAUCAUCAAACGUAAUAACUUUUCAAGUACAUCCACUUACCGAAGAAAUGGUAUACCAGGUCAUUAUGGCAGCACUGGCAGCAAAAACUCAUCUGUCCACUCGUCGGAUGUGGGCUAUAAUGGACUGGGCUCGGGCUUUGAUACCCCGGUGACGUACGGCUCAACGAGUAGCAACCCAGCCAACAUGUCGGGCAGAUCGGGCCAUGCCGACACCUCUUUUGCACCUUCGUCUGCACAUCAUGGUCUUGCCGCUGCUACUGCUGCUGCGGGCGACUCGAUAUACGGAUCCGAUCAUUCCUCGUACCGCACCCUUCACGACUCGGACAGUUACAUUUACAGCGACAGACUCGACGGAUCCCGCCGCGACUCGCACUCGAGUGCUGGCGGGGCCAGUGCCGGAUCCGUACUAUCGAAUGGCCAAGUCUAUGUUCCGGAUACACAGUCCCAUGCGUCCGCAUCAGCAGCAGCACAUGGGUAUUCGGUCUCUGCAGCUGCUGCGGCUUCUUCUGCCAACGGAGCUCCUCCUGCAUCAGUGGCUGGCACCGGCAGAACUAGUGCUGCAUUGCAAACGGCUGGGCACCGACGUUCUGGUGGUAACCUCCGCAGUGCAUAG